CCUCCGCGAGACGAGCGCGUGGACAGACUGCCUUUCCUCUUUAGUUCGCUUUCGCUUUUUAUUUUUUUGUCCUCAACAAGCACCGGCAUUUUAUUCCGCGCGUUCAAGAGGGGACCAUGUCCUCUUCUCUCCUUUUGAAACCCAAGCGCGUCCGUCGGAUGUUUUGCUUCCAAUCUUGAUUAUUAUUUCUCUCUCGGCUCCUGGAGGUGUUCUUGCAACUGAAGUGUGUCAUCAUUUGCUCCGAACAAGAGAUGGGGAUUCAAUCGAGAGAUAAAGAGGGGGCUUUUCCCAGCAAAUCAACAGCCAAACAUUGCACAUUUAAACGCGUUUUAUAGAGAUACGAACACACACCGUGCGCCCUUUUUUCCUUUUCUUUUCUUAUUUUAUCUUGCGUUUCCUACGAGGUUGUAGUAUAGACUACGAGCUCUGACGUCUGCAUCAGAUAUUCUCUGCUGCAUUUCUUUAAAUGUGCAUCUUUUCUCCCUGGUGACUUUGAGGGGAACAUCUCGACCAUCAGCAGCAGGGCUCGCAGAUUUCUGCUUUUUCUUCUUCUUCACCUUCAACCUCCAUAGCUGAGGGGGAUUAAAUACAAAUAUCUGAUACUGUGGAGCAACCCCCCCCUCUUUGAAGGAGCAUCACUGGAGCCAUGGCUUGUCCGCAGCUUUGGACCUGGAAACUGCGACGACAGGUGUAGAACAAAACUGACCCUCAUCCAUUUUCUUUUUCUUUUCAUCAUCAUCAUAUCUUUAUUUUUCCUCCAUGGUUUGGUCGAUGAAGACUUUCCAGCACUUUUUCCAGAAGUCCAGCUGAGAGAGAUGUCUGAUCUUCUGGUGUUGAUCGAGGGGGUCUCUGACCUGCACGGAUUUUCAUAGCUGAAGACAAAACAGCUGGGACCCGCGUUUAAUAUUUUUAUUUUUUAUUAUUUUAAUUUUUUUUGUUUUGUUUUUGUGCCUGUUGUUGCAGGGCCAUCGCAAAUGUGUGCAUUGGUGCUUUGAUCCCAAGUCAUUCAUUUGGCCUUUUUCCACUCCCUUCACCCUUCUGUUGGAUUCUUUUGAUUUUCCCCCCCGUUUUUACAUCAGUUUGGAGCACCGGCGGCUGGAUUACUGAAACAGAAUUAACGGAUUUGUGGAAAUGUUGGGUCCUCAAGAAGACAAAUUAUGUGGAAUUGUUUCUGCUCUGGCGGCUUUGUCCUUUGUCUGCUUUGCACAAAGCUCCUCCACUGGAAGUACCGGAAUAUCUGUGGCCAAGACCACAGUGGACAAAUUACUGAAGGGGUAUGACAUCCGUCUCCGGCCAGACUUUGGAGGUCCUCCAGUCAUCGUGGGAAUGAGUAUAAAUAUUGCCAGUAUUGACUCCAUUUCAGAAGUCAACAUGGACUACACCAUCACCAUGUAUUUCCAACAGAGCUGGAGGGACAAGCGUUUGGCCUACGCCGAGAUGGCGUUGAACCUGACUUUGGACAACCGCGUGGCAGAUCAGUUGUGGCUCCCGGAUACUUAUUUCCUGAAUGACAAGAAAAGUUUCCUGCACGGAGUGACGGUGAAAAACCGGAUGAUCCGCCUCCAUCCAGACGGCACUGUUCUGUAUGGACUGAGAAUAACUACAACUGCAGCCUGCAUGAUGGACCUGAGACGGUACCCUCUCGAUGAGCAAAACUGCACCCUGGAGAUCGAGAGCUAUGGGUACACCACAGAUGAUAUUGUGUUCUUCUGGCAAGGAGGGGAUAAUGCCGUAACUGGUGUGGACAAACUGGAACUGCCUCAAUUUUCCAUUGUGGAGCUACGUCUUGUGUCCAGGGAAGUGAGGUUUACCACAGGUUCAUACCCUCGGCUGUCGUUGAGUUUCCGCAUCAAGAGAAACAUCGGCUACUUUAUCCUGCAGACUUACAUGCCCUCCAUCCUGAUCACAAUCUUGUCCUGGGUCUCCUUCUGGAUUAACUACGAUGCCUCUGCGGCUCGGGUGGCCCUGGGUGUAACUACGGUGCUCACAAUGACAACCAUCAACACCCACCUGAGGGAGACCCUCCCAAAGAUCCCCUAUGUGAAAGCCAUCGAUGUCUACCUCAUGGGCUGCUUCGUCUUUGUUUUCCUGGCCCUGCUCGAAUAUGCCUUUGUAAACUACGUGUUCUUUGGACGGGGACCACAGCAGCAGAAAAAGAUCAACGAAAGGCUUAACAAAGCCAAUAACGAGCGUCCCCGCUAUGAAGAGAAGCGUCUGAGGGAACAGGACUCCAUUUCAGCGCCGUUUCAAAGCAACACCCUCAGGUCAUACACACAGCGAAGAAAUCUGUAUCUCGAGGAACAAAGAAAAGUCGGGGUGGACGCUUACGGAAACAUUCUUCUCACCACACUGGAGAUGAACAAUGAGGUGAUGCCGUCCGACGUGGGCAGCAGCGUCAGUGACUCACGGAACUCCGUCAUGUCCUUUGACAGCUCCGGAGUGCAGUUCCGCAAGCCCAUGGGUUCAAGGGAUGGGUUCAGCCACCACUCGUUGGACCGCAGUGCCAUGCGCAGUCGUGCCAACUGCCGGCUAAGGAGGCGCUCGUCCAAGCUGAAGCUCAAAAUUCCCAACUUGACGGAUGUUAGCACCAUUGACAAGUGGUCCCGGAUCAUUUUUCCUAUCACUUUUGGAUUCUUCAACCUUAUCUAUUGGUUGUAUUAUGUGAAUUGAUACGCGUUCCCUUAGGAAACAUGGGCCAUAUUUUGAGAGCACAUUAAAUUGGCUUUGAUACAAUUGGUAAAUAUGUGUACACAUAUAUGAAAAGUUGAUACAUAUGUAUAUGCAUAUUUCUAUAUAUUAUAUUUCUAUAUACACACACACAUGCGUGUGUAAAACCUAAAGGACUUUUCUGAUGUAAAAAACAAACAAAAAAACAAAUAUUAUAUAGAAUGACUUGAAUGUUUAAGAAUAAUACAAGAGAAACAUUUCAAGUUUUUGAAUUUCUUUUCCUUCUGAAACAAAUGACAAAUAGCAAGCACCAGUCCCCCGUUCGAGGGUGCGGAACUGAAGAACUGCAUGAUAUUUUUGCUAAAAGAAAAGAUCGCAAGAGAAAAAGGCCACAUCUGAACGUCUCAUCUGCUUUUUACUGAAACUGUUAUCUCAACCGCAGCUCAUGAAAUCAGACGUGGCUUGUGCAUUUUGGGGCGUCAGCAGAGCAGGACCCUAAACCCGAUCCCUCGCUUUCCCCCAGACCCAUGGAAGAGACUCACGGAAUCGUGCGUUUCUACACUGUACAGCAACCUCUUUUGGAAUUAAGUGUCAUUCCUUGAUUUUGCAAGUGACAAAGCGUUCUCUUUAUCGGACCUCAGCUCUGGUCAAUGGUUUACACUGGACGGCCAUCUUGAGUUUUAACCAAUGCACCCUGCCCAGAGUCAGUACGUUUCAUUUUCUCUCUUCCCUUUUGGCAGAUUCUCUUUUCUUUUGAUUGUGGGCUAAAGAUAUAAUCGUAUUUCUGAAGGGCGUCACUUAAACAUGUUCUAGAGGUAGUUCAUUAAUAGAUAAUAAGCCACUGGUAUGCUUCAUUCAUUGGGAAUUUAAGAAAAUGGGGGAGGGGGGAGAAGAAUACAUUUAUUCAUUCAUUCAUUGGGUAGCCUUAUUGACAUGGUCAGGUAGUAUUGUUGUUCUUUCUUUACUCUUGUUCCUAGUGCAUUUUCAUCUGUUCUAUUGAUACAGUAUUCAUAAACAUCUUGUGAAGAUUUAUGUUGUUCGGAUUGGAGAGGACCCCUUAGUGAGCUGUAACGUUUCUUUAGAUCUCGGAUUUGAAGUUAGUCCAUCAACUAUGUGAAAACUGUACAAAAUAAGGAAAGAAGAGAUUACUGUGUAUUCGAGGGGAUGUGACCAUGUUUUUUUGAUCUGUUACAUGUUUAAGUCGACCACUCUGACCAUAGUGUGAUCUGAUAUUGUACAUAUUGAGUCAUUGUAGUGAUCCAUCCCGAGAAUGAUAUACGCUGAUCUUUUUCGUUUCUCUAAAAUGUGCCUGUCUGAAACCUGAAGGAUGUGUCCUCAGUUCAUCAAUCAGUGAAAGAGGGCCGAACGACCCUUGAUCUUUGACCUUUCACUUUAAGCACUGCAGACCCACCCACAGCUCUGACGUUCUGCAUCUUGGGAUUGAAUCUCAAAGAUGAAUGACAUCAGCAUAAUCAGGAAAAAGAAAACAACAACAAAAAAAACAAGCUUCUGAGUCUUUUCGGGGCAAAAUGACAUGUACGAUAAAAGCCAUGAACUGAAGUGACAACCAAAAAGGCCUAUAAUCCAUUUUUCUUUUUAGCAUUUGCCUCUGAUUCACCUUUGCUCAAGGGGCUUCGCCUCAUUAUAAUUUACCUCGGCUUCACUGAGGUGACCUCCAGGUGACCACACACUCCCGCUCAAAUCCAUUUAUCAAUUCAUCUACAUGCAUAUUCAUUCCGGUAGUCGCUAGAUGUCUCAAUGCUCAGUAUAGCUUGGCUGAGUAGACGCAACCCAACAGAUGCUUGUUGGAUCAGUUCUCGAGAAUGUGCAUGAGAACUGAGUUGCUGAAAAACUGGGCAAAGAGACAUUUAAAAGCGAGGAGGUCCGUCCGGCGAUGUUUGGGAAACUCGAGAGCCCUGGACUAGUUUGAGUCCCCUGGGGAUGAUGAUCUGAGCAGGCCUCAGACCUCAGAGCUCAGCGGAGUCCCUUGGCUCUCGAACCCCUACCAGACCUCUGACACUUGCAAAAGUGUGAACCAACCACCAAAUCUCCAACAGAGAUCACUCAUUUCAUUAAGAAAACAACCGAAUCAGGGAUAACUGAAGGGACAGGAUUUACCUCAAAGUACUUCCGAGGUCCAGUGUUAAUUGUCAGCAGAUGACGACAGAAGCAUGUUGGAGGGGGAUAUCCAUUUGUUGUGUUAUUAUUUGUUAUUUUCCACACUUGUGCAAGGGAGCAAGUUCUCUCAAGUGCAAAGUGAGACAUGCACAGUGUAGCAGUUAAGUUAUGCGCAAAUCUGCACUAAACGUGGACGGAGGUCCGAGUGAUCUUCAUGAGUAACCCUAAUUAUUGUGAGUGUUAUGGGGUGCCUUGACUAGUUACAAGUCCCAGUAGGCAUUCAAGAUGCUGCAAUGCUUUGCCGUUAAAAGGUUAAAAGCAGAGUAGUUAGUUACUAAUUUAAUCUAUAAUGUUUAGACAUGAAUUUAAUAGGUAGACCAGAUCUUUUACGCAACACUAUCAAUCCAUCUCCACUAGUGCAGUCUUAGCAAGGUAUGACAAAAAUUGAAAAUGUCAACAAUUGCCAACAAAUUGUAUUUAAAGGGAACCUGAUCAGUUAGGUUACGCAUUUUAUUUCUUGAAUUCCAAAUAAGAUAGGGCCAUAUGCAUUUGGAGAAAGUGGCAAGACUAGGCAGCAUGUACUUUUAAGUGUAAGGUAAUCUGAGUGCCUGCCACUGAUAACUGGCAGGACUGCACAUUUGAUAUAUUUUUGCAUCUGAUUUUUCAGUUAUCGAACCAUAACCUGAGGUUGAGCAUUUAAUCCAUGAGAAUAAUUAACAAUGGUUAGAAACAGUUAGGACAAGAGGUGUCAUAGUUAUAUGCAUGUAAGUUUACCCCCCAGUUACUUCAUAGACAGACUUGCUGGCACUAUGCAGUUUGUCUCACCAAUGGUCAGUUUAACAUAGUACAGGGUAACCUAAACCACUGUUGGUCCAUGCGUACUGACCAAUCCCAAUAGGCAAGGAUUCAACACUUUUCGACAAAGUAGGCAUCAGCAACAUGUUAACGCAGCCAUACUGUGCCACUGAGACAUGCUGGAUGUGGAUACUGUGUCGACCAUCAACAUGUUCUUGUAGCACCAGCACUCUGUUUAUUCACAGUGAGCUUUCACCUCGAACAGAUUUUAGCUAAGAUUCUGGUUGGUGGGCAUUUGCCCUUGCAAGAUUUGCCUUAACAAGAUCACUAAGCAUUUUCAUGAACUAUAUCUGAGCAAUACAAUGCAACAAAGUUCACGAGAGAGUGAAUCUCUUUCAACUCAAUUCAAGCCUUAAACAUGGUUAUAGAGCAUUAUAAUUUGAUCAUUGGACAUUCGGGUAUGAUUGAGUUAUCAGUUCUAGGUCCCUUAAAGAAAAUAUAGUGACAAAUUGGUUCUCAAAUGUCUCUCUCAAGUAUCUGGUAAUGUUUCCACUACUUACUUUCAGAACCACAAAGUGCACAACAAAAUAUUUACAGGUUAAAGGUGCAAUAGGAGAUCUUGGAAAAUGCUAAUGUUAGCCUAUGUUGAACCCUGAAAAUCUCCACUCUACAUGAAUGCGCACUAAACCACAUCACUGCAAUACAUCAUGUAAGAUUCACCAG